GGGAACAAAGUUUAGUCUGUGAGGAAAUAGGUGGCUGCUGGUAGUUUCAUGCUGUCUGUCCAGAUUUCAGCUUGCUGUGGGUUCCCUUCUAAUAGAUACUAGUUCUGACUUCUCAUGAAUCAAAAGAUCCAAACCGUCAGUUGCCACGAGGGUACCGGAGCCAAAUCUGGGCAGGGAGAGAGGAGCAGAGAGGGCAAAAGACAGAGCAAGGAUGGUGGGGCUGCCUGUGUUCCUUGUUUCCACGUACCAGCUUCUUCACUGUGCAGUGACAGUGUGUGGGUGUACACAUACACACAGACCAGGGAAAGAGUGUAGCAUGAGGAAGGAGGACUCAUCCCAGCUCUGCUGCUGAUUAGCUGUUGUAUCGAGCAAGUCGGCAAUAUCCUAUGAAUUUGAAUUUGGACACAUGAAUGUCAUCUCAGAGGUUUUGGAGCCCUCUCUUCCAUCAGAAUUCUGUCCCAAUAAUCCUCUGAGUGUCAUCUCAGGACCCUGGGCACACUCAUGGCACCAUGGCCAACCCUCAGGAGCCCCUGAGCUGCUCCUCUUCCUCACACUUACCCUCGAGUGAAAGCAGAAACUCCAACGGACUCCAAGAUGAACUCACACCUGUGGGGAGCCACCCAUCACCCAAGCUCCUUAAGGACCAGCAGGAAAAGAGGGUGGUACAAACAGAGCUGACCGAGAGCAUGAACUGCCCCAUCACCACAACAGUGUUGACAAGCGUGAGUGAGGAUUCCAGGGACCAGUUUGAGAACAGCGUUCUUCAGCUAAGGGAACAAGAUGAAUCAGAGAUGGCCAUGUCUCAGGGGAACAGCAACACCAUGGAUGGAGAGAGCACAAGUGGAACUGAAGACAUCAAGAUUCAGUUCAGCAGGUCGGGCAGCGGCAGUGGUGGGUUUCUGGAAGGACUGUUUGGAUGCUUAAGGCCUGUCUGGAAUAUCAUUGGCAAGGCAUAUUCCACUGAUUACAAAUUACAGCAGCAAGAUACUUGGGAGGUGCCAUUUGAGGAGAUCUCAGAGCUGCAGUGGCUGGGUAGUGGAGCCCAAGGAGCUGUCUUCUUGGGCAAGUUCCGAGCGGAGGAGGUGGCCAUCAAGAAAGUGAGAGAACAGAAUGAGACGGAUAUCAAGCAUUUGAGGAAGUUGAAGCACCCUAACAUCAUCGCUUUCAAGGGCGUUUGUACUCAGGCCCCCUGUUACUGCAUCAUCAUGGAAUACUGUGCCCACGGACAACUCUAUGAGGUGUUGCGAGCCGGCAGGAAGAUCACACCUCGAUUGCUAGUGGACUGGUCCACGGGAAUUGCAAGCGGAAUGAAUUAUUUGCACCUCCAUAAAAUUAUUCAUCGUGAUCUCAAAUCACCUAAUGUUUUGGUGACUCACACAGAUGCGGUAAAGAUUUCAGAUUUUGGCACAUCUAAGGAACUCAGUGACAAAAGUACCAAGAUGUCCUUCGCCGGCACGGUUGCAUGGAUGGCACCAGAGGUGAUACGCAACGAACCUGUCUCUGAAAAAGUCGAUAUAUGGUCUUUUGGAGUGGUGCUUUGGGAGCUGCUGACAGGAGAGAUUCCUUACAAAGAUGUAGACUCUUCGGCCAUUAUUUGGGGUGUUGGAAGCAAUAGCCUACACCUUCCGGUUCCUUCCACUUGCCCUGAUGGAUUCAAAAUCCUUAUGAAACAGACGUGGCAGAGUAAACCUCGCAACCGGCCUUCUUUCCGGCAGACGCUCAUGCAUUUAGACAUCGCCUCUGCAGACGUUCUUGCUACCCCACAAGAAACCUACUUCAAGUCUCAGGCUGAAUGGAGAGAAGAGGUGAAAAAACACUUUGAGAAGAUCAAAAGUGAGGGAACUUGUAUACACCGAUUAGAUGAAGAACUGAUUCGGAGGCGCAGAGAAGAGCUCAGGCAUGCUCUGGAUAUUCGUGAACACUAUGAGAGAAAACUUGAGCGGGCUAAUAAUUUAUACAUGGAACUCAGUGCUAUCAUGCUGCAGCUAGAAAUGCGGGAGAAGGAGCUCAUUAAGCGUGAGCAAGCAGUGGAAAAGAAGUAUCCUGGAACAUACAAACGACACCCCGUCCGUCCAAUAAUCCACCCCAAUGCCAUGGAGAAACUCAUGAAGAGGAAAGGCACACCUCAUAAAUCAGGGAUGCAGACCAAACGGCCAGAUCUGCUGAGAUCUGAAGGUAUCCCCAGCGUGGAGGUGGCUCCCGCUGCAUCCCCUUUGUCCGGAAGUCCCAAAAUGUCCACCUCAAGCAGCAAGAGCCGAUAUCGGAGCAAACCACGCCACCGCCGAGGGAAUAGCAGAGGCAGCCAUGGUGACUUUGCAGGGAUCUUGAAAAACCAGCCAGCGCAGGAAAAUUCACCGCAUCCCACUUAUCUACACCACGCUCCGUCCCAGUACCCUUCUCCCCAUCACCAUCAUCCUCCGCAGCGGCAGUACCAGCAAGCCCCUCCUGCCGUGUCUCAGAGUCACCAUCCCAGACUCAAUAUGCACGGACAGGACAUUGCGACCUGCGCCAACAACCUGAGGUAUUUUGGCCCAGCAGCAGCCCUGCGGAGCCCACUCAGCAACCAUGCUCAAAGACAGAUGCCUGGCUCCAGCCCUGAUCUCAUCUCCACGGCCAUGGCAGCAGAUUGCUGGAGAAGCUCCGAGCCCGACGAGGGCCCAGCUGGCCCCUGGGGCUGUUGUCAGGCUGAGUCUUAUGAGCCCUGCCUCCAGUGCAGGCCAGAACAGUGUGGGUCCCUAGACAUACCCUCUGCUGAGCCAGUGGGGAGGAGCCCCGACCUUUUCAAGUCACCAGCACACAAUCCCCUCUCGGAAGAUGCCCAAGGUUCCGAGGAAAUGGAAGAAAAUGAAUUCAAAGGCUGUAGGUCUGCGUCAUCCCUUGGCAUCCCUCAUCACAUCACCCCCCCAAUGCUACCUCGAAACACAAGGCCCCUGCAAAAGAGUGGAGAUGACUCCUCAGAAGAGGAAGAAGGGGAAGUAGAUAGUGAAGUUGAAUUUCCACGAAGACAGAGGCCCCAUCGCUGUAUCAGCAGCUGCCAGUCGUAUUCCACCUUUAGCUCUGAGAAUUUCUCUGUGUCUGAUGGAGAGGAGGGAAAUACCAGCGACCACUCCAACAGUCCUGAUGAGUUAGCAGACAAACUUGAAGACCGCCUGGCGGAGAAGCUAGAUGACCUGCUGUCCCAGACGCCAGAGAUCCCCAUUGAGAUAUCCUCGCAUUCAGACGGGCUCUCUGACAAGGAGUGUGCUGUGCGCCGCGUGAAGACGCAGAUGUCUCUGGGCAAGCUGUGCGCAGAGGAACGUGGCUAUGAGAAUCCUAUGCAGUUUGAAGAAUCAGACUGUGACUCUUCCGAUGGAGAGUGUUCUGAUGCCACAGUUAGGACCAAUAAACACUACAGCUCUGCUACUUGGUAAUGGAGGAAGACCCAUCCUGAAGAUCUCAUGACUAUACUGGCAUUUCAGAUCGUUCCCCCCUCCCCCCAGACUCUUUCCCCUCUCUCCUUGCUUUUUUGUCUGGGAAGAGAGCUGCCCCAUCUUUCUUACCCCUAGAAAUGAGCUGCAAUAACAGGAACAUGAGACUUCGCAAAUCUCUGGAAAAAAAUAUCCAAAUGAAAUUAAGUCUCACUGAACAUUUCAAUCAAGAAUGGCAGGGAUCUAUUUUAUUGAAUAUUCUAGCUACUGUAACAUUGAUAUUUAUUUUUGUUUGACAUUUUAACACUUUGUACUGUAAAGAGUGAACUAUAUAUGAUAGAGAGAGAGAGACAAUAAUUUCUUGCAAAAAAAAAAAAGAGAGAGUGAGAGAGAGAUAAAGGAAGAAAGAAAAGAAAGAAGUGGAAUUUAGGAGCAACAUCCUUGGGAAUUUGUGGGGCCAGGAGGUAUUAUUGCUACUUGAACAGGGGACCAGUUUUUUGGCCAUAAGUGGCUGAAGAAGAGCCAGAGCAAGACAUAUGGAUUAUUUUAGAAAACACAGAACAACAAAGGAAAAGCAAUUCCAGGUAACUUGUGAACAGACCACAUUAAGUUCAACCAGCUUGUCCACACGGGUGAUGGAAAUGGCCUAGAAAAGACUGAUGACCAGAUACUUGCACCCAAGGUCUUUGAGGGCAUGUGCUUCCUCUAGGAGGAAAAAGACAACUACACCUGUGGAAGCUGAUUUCAUUUUAAAAAUCUGAAGCAGCAUUUGGUAGUGAGACUUACAGACAGAGUCAAACCUUGUCUUUGACAAAUACUUCCCUUUUUAAUGCCGUCAUCGUCAUGACCUUGACAAAUGUGUGACCUUGACCAGUGUGUUGAUUUUUCAGACUCAAGUGCCAUUUUCUUGUAGCCUAUUUCCUUUGCACCUGUUGACCACUUCCUUUAGGCAAAAAGGCCAGGGGUGGGGUGCUGAUAAGAGAAAAAGGGGAUUUACAACAGUAUUAGAAAAGCAAAUGUGGAAUUUGUGAAAGUACAUUCUAACAGUGUCUCAGUUCCACUUUGUGCAGAAGAUGGGACCGCCCCUCUGUGGAACCAGGUUGCUUGUCUACUAGAGUCAUAUUGAUUCAAACAGAACAGACUUUGAAGGCAGCUAGCAUGUGUGUGAGUCUGUCCAGUGUCCAACCCCAAGCCACCCCCCUCGUUUUCAUUCAUUAACUCAUUCUCUCCGGGAAGCUUUAGUGCCUGGCUACCACUAGCAGCAUAAAGGCAAAAUAAGCAACUGGCGAAAGGCAACCCCUUUCCCACCACAACAGCAUUUUCAUUAAAUGCAACUUGUAAGGUGUAUUUUACUGCACUCCGGAUCAAUGCAGUUUGGAACAAUUGGAUUUGGAAAUUUCUGGAAAGAACAACUGAUGCCGAGCAGCAGUUAGAUCGAACAUUGUCCAAGGCAUGAGGUCCUGCUUGGCUCCGGGGUCCUGGGCUUUGAAAAGCACCCCAAGGUACUUCAUGGUGCCUUGGCUUCAAGGAAAUUUUUAUCUAGAAUUUUAUAUAAAAACAGGUGUUGGCCUAGUUUCCGUCUCUUUCUCCAAGAAAGGUUACUGUCAAACAACCUCUCUAGGCUCAAGACCUGAAGACCCUGGCUCAACUCUUUGACACUGCAUCAUGGUGGACAUUGGGAAAGACUUACACAUACAGGUAUUGAACUAUUUCCAACACAGAUAAAACUGUCGCAGCCCCUUCCCUCGGUGUCACUGAUUGCAUCAGCCAAAAAGGAAAGGCGGAGGGAAUUUAGAGCAGUUCCUUUUGCUUGUUUGAUCCCUCCAUUUGUUUACACUUUAUGUUGAGACAUUGAUCUAAAAUUUAGUGUCUAUAAUUUAUAGCUCUUGGGUGGAUGAAGGAGAAUGUUUAACUUAUACAGACAGCAGUGUUGUUUGCAUUAAAUUAUUCCAUUUUGUAUAAA